GCUUGUUCGAGUUUAUGGUUCGCGAUUUUCUGGAACGUGUCGUGAAAAUUGACGCAACUUGUAGUAAUAAACCAUUAAAAGUUACCAAAUAUCGUGAAUUCACGUCAUAUAUCCGAUUUUAUUUUCGUCGCGCAUGUAUCUAUUUAUAUAUAUCGUGUGCAGUAAUUGUGAUUAGAUUUUUAAUUAGUGCUUGCUCUCUCGUAAAUGUAAUAUUUGACGGUGAGAUGGGGGAUUUGCGGUUUUCGCGCAUGAUAAGAUUUCGAAAUGUCGAUAUCAGUGUGACAAACGUGCAGUUAAAUAAGUCUUGGCCGAGUCAUUUGUAUCAAAUAAACAUAUGACUGAAGAUUGUAACUCAUCGUUACAAGACAAAGAAUCGUAUUCAAGAUGUUUUGAAAUAAGGCGGUGACCGGGGCUCGCAAUUCGGGACUCGACUUUCCGCAAUUGAAUUAGCGGAAGUUGUAAAAAGGUGCCAUUGAGCCAGAGACUUCACCGAAUCAGGGUCUCAGAUAGAGGCGGAAGAAAGCGAUAACAUGCGUGCCGAGGCGCGAUGAGCGGGUUUCGGCCUUGGAGACUUCACCAUGACUCGAAUUGACAAGGAGCCAUGUAGGUGAUGUACCCGUGUCGCGCUCGUCGUCACACCUGCCGUGUUCUGCUGCCACGCAUUGUGGCGAUAUCGGCGGUGGAAAGUGGUCUUCUCGUCGGACGAAAGCAGUUCGUUAAGCGAAACGUCUGCGAGUCGCACGCGUUUCUGAAUAACGCGCGACCGCGGAGUUAAAAAAAUCGCACUUGUAUGUGUUAUUUACCGAAAAAUCGCAAAUUAGUUACCUCUUUUCGUCUGUCCGGAAGUGGAGAAGGUGCCGAUUAGUCCGAAGACAUUUUUCGUCCUGAAAUACACGUUUCAUCUGCUACCUGUCCUGCGAGAAUAACGUGAUUUUUCCACCAACGAAAGAAUUAGCCAUUCUUUGAUCUCUCCUGUUUGUUGUUUCGACGUUGGUUUAUUGUUGAGAUCUGUACAUUGUCAUGUGCACCAAGCAGAGUGUGCAAGCAUAAAAAAAAUCGCGAGUGUGCAUUAUAUUUAAUUGGGUGGAAAGAAAGAAGAGAAGAGAGAGGAAGAGAGAAAGAGCGAGAGACGAAGCAGGGAAGACAAGGGGAGUUGUUUCGAGUGGCCCAUUUCCCUUAUCACGAUAAAGCCUCGGCGUUGACUUGGCGUUGACCAUCACGGAACUGUCACAGGUAGCGCACAGACGGGGUGAUUCACUUUUCGAUCGCGAUUCAUGCGAGUAGUCUUCACGCGGAUUUGCCGCCGCGAUGAGUACAAUAGCCGCGAGAUUGCUAUCGACGUUGUCGCUGCCAUCGUACCGUUUUAGCUGUCAUCGAGAAUGAUCUGAGAACUGACCACCGGUAAAGUAACAUCACAGCGCGAGACGAAGAUGGACGUGGAAAUGGUUACUCGAGCGUCGCUGGGGUCCCUGCAGAAAGUGGACUACGGUCGCAUUGUCUCCUCCGAUACUCUCGACGAGUGGAGAUGGGCUAAUUUAAGAAAACAAUUCAAAUACAAGAACUUAGAAAAGCUGUACACGAUCUAUCAAAGGAGGAUACAAUAUGCUUAUCUCUCGAUUUUCGUCAUGCUACAACUGUUGCUCGGAUUCGUUUAUUGCUUGACUCUGAUCAAGUGGGUCGACAUUAUGGAAUGCCUGCCGGACAUUGUAGCUUACUGCAUCAUAGGUGCCCUGCUAUGUCCCGUAAUCGCUUUGUCGUUUAGACCGAAGAUCAUCGCCAAGAACACUUACUUGCCGGUUAUGCUGUCCUGGGUGAUCGUCGUGCUUCUGAUUAGCGGCGAUCUGGCGAUUCCUUUGUAUUAUUCCUUUAACAACGAGGGCAUUCCGCCGAUAAGACCGGCAUAUGCGACACACGCUCUUCUCGCGUGCUACGUGUUUCUGCCGAUCACGAAGAAUUCACACGCUUUCAUGCUCGGUCUUACAACCACCAUGUGCUACCUAGCAAUCUUGUCGUUAAUCACCUACAGAAACAUACCGAGAGAAGAUUCUAUUACUAAGAUCAUCAUGGACGGAAUAUACUUCGUAUGUGUGAACGGUCUAGGUCUCUACUUCAGGUUUAUGAACGAGGUCGUUAUCAGACGCUCCUUCCUCGAUCGUCGAAAAUGCGUCGAGUCCACGCUCAGACUCAAUUACGAGAAAGAUCAAGAAGAGCAAUUGACGCGGAGUAUAUUGCCGCAACACAUAGUAGCGAAGAUCAAAAAAGAUUUCAGGGACAUAUUUAGGUUUAUAGAGGAGCAUAAGAAAGGUCCGCCGCCGAAAGGUAGACCGCACAGCGACCUGUGCGUGGAGACGCACAACGACGUGAGCAUCUUGUACGCGGACGUGGUGAACUUCUCCGGGCUUACCGUAACGUUGCCGAUACGGAAGCUCGUGGAAACCCUGAACGAUCUGUUCGGCAGCUUCGACGAGGCGUCCGAGAGGCACAAUGUGUUAAGAAUCAAAUUUUUAGGCGAUUGUUACUACUGCGUGAGCGGCGUGCCCACACCAAACUCCCAGCACGCCAAAAGCUGCGUUGAUCUCGGGCUCGACAUGAUAAAGAUUAUCAACGAGGUGAGAGCACGACUGUAUCGCGAGAGCGGCGUGGACGUGAACAUGAGGAUCGGCGUGCAUUCGGGCAAUAUAAUAUCCGGAAUUCUGGGCACCAACAAGUGGCAGUUCGACGUUUGGUCGCGCGACGUGGUAAUCGCGAACAAAAUGGAGCAAACGGGGAAACCCGGCAAGGUUCACGUGACGCAGCAAACCCUGGAUCUACUGAACGUCAGCGAUUACAACUGCGUUCCGGUCGAAAGGCUGGACGACGAGAUUCUGCGAAAGUACAGAAUACGCAGCUACCUUAUCACACCGUCUUUACCGGAAACGUCGAUACCAACACGCGAGAACCCUUUGAGAGCCUUUACUUCGGACUUGUCGCACCUGUCGUCCGCGACCAACAACAAACAUUACGUCAAGUACUACAAUGGUCGCUCCAAUACCUUGACCACUUCUUCCAAGACAAGAUUGACGGCAAACAAUCAUGUGGACGUUUUUACGAACACUUAUAGACGAAGAACGCACUUUAUGGAUUCCUGCUUGCGCGAUUAUCAUCUGAUGUUGAAAGAGGCGGAUGCCGAGAUGGAGAACGCUAUUAAUCAGAUGCCUCUCAGCAAAUGGGAACAAUGGUGCAGAUGGGAACAGAUAAAUCCACUGCUUCUGACAUUUCGACAAUGGAACUGGGAAAUUCCAUUUCUUCGCGAACCAGAUCCCCUCUUCAAGUUUUACAUAGGUUGCUCGGUCUUUGUUUUACUCUUCAUGGGACUAAUGUAUCUUGUGCCCACGCUCAUGCUCUCUCAGUGGCAUUCAAGUACGAUUGUCGGUUACUCGUUGUCAAUGAUGUUCCUCAUAGUUUUAAUACCUCUCACGUGGAUGCAUUUCGCAUGGAAUCGGUGCAAAGACCCGCACGACGAACACGAAGGACACGUCCCGCAUCCGCGGAACAAAUUGUUAUAUUUUUUUUAUCAAACAAGUGUAAAGGUUGUUUGGAGCGCCCUGCUCAGAGUGAUCUUGUAUCUGGUGAUUACAAUAAUGCUGGCAGCGUGUGCCAUGUUUGACAUAAUCUUUGAAUGUGGAAAAGUAAAGUUGAACGACACGAUGUCCAGCGCAACGGAAGACCGCGCCUCCAACAUAGAAUGCAUGAUAACACCUUGGGUAAGAAUAUUUAUACAAAUGACGGAAACUUGCUCAUUGGCAAUCAUCACGAGUUUCCUCUUCUUGAGAAUACAUUACGCGUUGAAAUUCAUAAUAGGCAUCUGUGUAGUGGCUUUCUACGCGUGGAACGUUUGGAUGCACAGAUCUAAUAUAUUUCAGUCGAGUGAUACGUGGAAUCCUCAUUUGGACUCAAGAUUAGCUCAUAUAUUGUGCGUAGUGUUUCUCACGUUUUCCUUACAUCUUAUCGAUCGUCAGGCAGGAUACUUAAGCAGACUGGACUAUCAAUGGAAGCGUCAGCUGACGAAGGAACAAGACGAAGCGUUUCACACGAGAAACGCCAACAAACUUUUACUUCGCAAUAUCUUACCGGAACAUGUUGCGGAAUUUUAUUUAAAUAUGAAUCGAACUGAAGAAAACGAACCUUAUCACGAGGCUCACAAUAACGUCGCCGUGAUGUUCGCCUCUCUGACGGAACUAUCAAUCGACGAGAGUAACAUCCUGAUCGACUUGAACGACAUAAUCUGCGAAUUUGACAAGCUGCUCUUCGAACCUUGCUUCAUGUGUAAAAUAGAGAAAAUAAAAAUUGCUGGAACAACAUACAUGGCGGCUUGUGGAUUGGAAGCUAGCAGACGCAAUUCAAUGCACAGCACCGAGAGCGAUGAGAAUUACAACGACAAUGUGGUCAAGGUGAUGGCACAAUUUGCCGUGCAAAUGAUGUCUGUGCUUGACAGAAUGAACGCGAGGUCCUUCACCACGUCGAAACCUUACAAAUUAAGAAUUGGAAUUUCUCACGGGGAAGUGACAGCUGGUGUCGUAGGGGCUCAGAAGCCGUUGUACGACAUCUGGGGAGAUGCUGUAAAUAUGGCGUCCAGAAUGGACACUACUGGAAUGCCGGGAAAAAUACAAGUGACAAAAGAUACGGCCGCUGUCUUGCAGCAGCAAGGUGUCAAGUGUUAUUUACGUGGCGAAACUUACGUGAAACCAAAAGGAAAGGUCACGACGUAUUUUGUGGGGGUCGACGAAGAUGGAAUGCUAGAAAGAGCCGAAGAAGAGAACGAAAGCACUAGUUUAUGACGAAAGAUAAAUAAUGAUUCAAAUUAAUUUUAAAGAGUUUCUCGAUCAAAAGCUCGUUUAAAUACGCAGGGUGUUAUCACAAACAGUCGGUUCUCUAUUAUCAUGUGUUUACACGACAUAUUCUUUUAAAUUAGAUAACAGUAAUUUUAAUAAAAAAAAAACAAAAAAAAAACAAAAAAAACAAAAUUAUAUAUAAUGGAAAUUUUUUGAAAGUAUUUUUUUUACAAAUUUCUUGAUGAGUGCUUGUAAAGCGAGCGAUAAUGAGAAAUAUAAAUUUUAUAUCGUUCUGCGAUAUUCCUAUACGUAUAUUCGCGUAUUAAAAAUAUCAUUCUAUAUAUUUUUUAGAAAAAAAUAAACAAUAUCACACACACACGAUAAAUACAGUUUUAUCAAAGCAAUAAAAGAGAGCCACUAUCAAAACAGUUUAUAGCAACACGUAUAUUCGUAAUAUUUAUGUAUAUUCAAAACUUGUAUAUUUAACGUCGUAUAAUAAAUUAAUUAGUGACGGUUUAAAUAGAUAUAGAAGUUGUGGAUAAAAAAAAAAAAAAAAAAUAUAAAGAAAACGAUUUAAAAA